AUGAAGUCCGAUGAUAGAGUCAUGCCAUUAGGAGACAAGCUUAGAAAAGUUGAAGAAGUUAAGAAGAAAGAAGAAGCAAGUGCCAAAGGGAAUGCAAAAAUCACGUACCCAGCCGCCACCACAUCAAAAAACACAAAUAACAUGUUCCUAUUGGAAAUGUGUGGUAUCUCCCCACCGAAAUCCGUGUUAUUAGAACGCAUAUCCAUAAAGCAAUAA